UUUCCGGGAGAGGUGGGCUGAAACUACAGAGACCGUGGUCUGCCGUCGAGGCUCACUAACAGCAACAGGUGCGUCGCACAGCCCAUAAAACCCUCAGUGGCGCGCGGGGGGCGUGACUGACGGCCCUCUCCGCCAAUCACGAGCCGGUUCCCGCUGCCCGCGAGAGACCACCCCGCCUUCUCAACCUUUUUAGGGGCAGAACCCGAUACCCUCGUGCUGUCGGGUUCCCAUACUUAUUGGGGUGCGGUCACGUGUGACACUGACCAGGAAAGGAGCACCGGACCAGCAGGGUUUUCUGGUAGUGGGAGCACCACCUCCGCACAGGCACCUCGCACCAGUGGAGACUGGUCUCUGCAGCCCUAAACGACCUCUCCCCCCCCCCGGGAAAAAAAAGCGAGACCCCCACGUCUCAAGGUGGUUCUUGCCCUCACGGCGCCGUCUAUCGCUCAUUCAUUUUUUUUUUCCUUCUAUAAACUGAGGGGGACGUGAAGUCCUAACAGAGGCUGCACCAUGACGACUGUCGAAACCCAUAUGACAUACACCAACUCCUACACGAUCAACCAGGAGGAGGUGUACAUGACCCAGGAGAACGACUGGGACCGGGACCUGUUGCUGGACCCGGCCUGGGAGAAGCAGCAGAGGAAGACCUUCACAGCUUGGUGUAACUCCCACUUGAGGAAGGCCGGGACACAGAUCGAGAACAUCGAAGAGGAUUUUAGAAAUGGCCUCAAACUCAUGCUGCUGCUGGAGGUCAUAUCAGGUGAGAGGCUGCCCAAACCCGACAAAGGCAAGAUGCGUUUCCACAAGAUCGCCAACGUGAACAAAGCUCUGGACUUCAUCUGCAGCAAGGGGGUCAAGCUGGUGUCCAUCGGCGCUGAGGAAAUCGUCGACGGUAACGGGAAGAUGACCCUCGGUAUGAUCUGGACCAUCAUCCUGCGCUUUGCCAUCCAGGACAUCUCUGUGGAAGAGACCUCUGCUAAGGAGGGUCUGCUGCUGUGGUGCCAGAGGAAGACCGCCCCCUACAGGAACGUCAACGUGCAGAACUUCCACAUCAGUUGGAAGGACGGCCUGGCUCUGUGCGCCCUCAUCCACAGACACAGACCCGACCUCAUCGACUACUCCAAACUGAGAAAGGACGACCCCAUCGGGAACCUGAACACGGCUUUCGAGGUGGCCGAGAAGUUCCUGGACAUCCCCAAGAUGCUCGACGCUGAAGAUAUUGUGAACACACCCAAACCGGACGAGAAGGCCAUCAUGACCUACGUGUCCUGCUUCUACCACGCUUUUGCCGGCGCUGAGCAGGCGGAGACGGCUGCCAACCGGAUCUGCAAGGUGCUGGCCGUGAACCAGGAGAACGAGAAGCUCAUGGAGGAGUACGAGAAGCUGGCCAGCGAGCUGCUGGAGUGGAUCCACCGCACCAUCCCGUGGCUGGAGAACCGCACGGCGGAGCAGGCCAUGCGCGCCAUGCAGCAGAAGCUGGAGGACUUCCGAGACUACCGCCGCAUCCACAAGCCGCCCCGCGUGCAGGAGAAGUGCCAGCUGGAGAUCAACUUCAACACCCUGCAGACCAAGCUGAGGCUGAGCAACAGGCCCGCCUUCAUGCCCUCCGAGGGCAAGAUGGUGUCGGACAUCGCCAACGCCUGGAAGUGCCUGGACCAGGUGGAGAAGGGCUACGAGGAGUGGCUGCUCACCGAGAUCCGCCGCCUGGAGAGACUCGACCACCUGGCCGAGAAGUUCAAGCAGAAGUGCUCCAUGCACGAGUCCUGGACCGGAGGGAAGGAGGACCUGCUCUCCCAGAAGGACUACGAGUCGGCCUCCCUGAUGGAGAUCAGAGCCCUGAUGAGGAGGCACGAGGCCUUCGAGAGCGACCUCGCCGCCCACCAGGACCGAGUGGAGCAGAUCGCCGCCAUCGCCCAGGAGCUGAACGAGCUGGACUACCACGACGCCGCCACGGUCAACGGCCGCUGCCAGGGCAUCUGUGACCAGUGGGACAACCUGGGCACCCUCACCCAGAAGAGGAGGGACGCCCUGGAGCGCGUGGAGAAGCUGUGGGAGACCAUCGACCAGCUUUACCUGGAGUUCGCCAAGAGGGCGGCGCCCUUCAACAACUGGAUGGACGGAGCCAUGGAGGACCUGCAGGACAUGUUCAUCGUCCACAGCAUCGAGGAGAUCCAGAGUCUGAUCACCGCUCACGACCAGUUCAAGGCCACCCUGCCCGAGGCCGACAAGGAGCGCAUGGCCACCAUGGGCAUCCACAACGAGAUCCUGAAGAUCGCCCAGACCUACGGCAUCAAGCUGUCCGGCAUCAACCCCUACACCACCCUCUCCCCCCAGGACAUCAGCACCAAGUGGGACACCGUGAAGCACCUCGUUCCCCUCAGAGACCAAAUGCUCCAGGAGGAGGUGGCCAGACAGCAGGCCAACGAGAGGCUGAGGCGCCAGUUCGCUGCCCAGGCCAACAUCAUCGGGCCCUGGAUCCAAACCAAGAUGGAGGAGAUCAGCCACGUGUCCGUGGACAUCGCCAGCUCCCUGGAGGAACAGAUGAACAGCCUGAAGCAGUACGAGCAGAACAUCAUCAACUACAAGUCCAACAUCGACAAGCUGGAGGGAGACCACCAGCUCAGCCAGGAGUCCUUCAUCUUCGACAACAAGCACACCAACUACACCAUGGAGCACGUGCGCGUGGGCUGGGAGCAGCUGCUCACCACCAUCGCCAGAACCAUCAACGAGGUGGAGAACCAGAUCCUGACCCGCGACGCCAAGGGCAUCAGCCAGGAGCAGCUCAACGAGUUCAGGGCCUCCUUCAACCACUUCGACAGGAAGAGAAACGGCAUGAUGGAUCCAGACGACUUCCGCGCCUGCCUCAUCUCCAUGGGUUACGAUCUGGGCGAGGUGGAGUUCGCCCGCAUCAUGACCCUGGUGGACCCCAACAACACGGGGGUCGUGACCUUCCAGGCCUUCAUCGACUUCAUGACCCGCGAGACGGCCGAGACCGACACGGCGGAGCAGGUCAUGGCCUCCUUCAAGAUCCUGGCCUCGGACAAGAGCUACAUCACGGUGGAGGAGCUGCGCAGGGAGCUGCCGGCCGAGCAGGCCGAGUACUGCAUCAGCCGCAUGACCCGGUACAUCGGAUCCGACGGCACCACCGGCGCCCUGGACUACAUCUCCUUCUCCAGCGCCCUCUACGGGGAGAGCGACUUAUAGUAAAACAAACAGAGAAAGAAGUCGCUUCUCUUCACCUCCUCCCCCCCCCCUCCACCCCCCCUUUCUUCCCAGCUCCUUUUACGAUUUCUCCUACAUGCGGAGAGAGAGCGACUGAACCCCCUUCCGGCGCUCCUUCUAUUCUAUCAUCUUUUCUUCUUCUUCUUAACUUUCUUCCCCUUCUCCUCCUCCUCCUCCUCCUCCUCCCCCUCCCCCUAAACAAACACUGUCCAGAGAGGAUGAGAGUAGAAGGCUUUGCUGGUUCCGACCGGUCAGCUCGUCGCCUCGUUUUCUUUUUAAUAAAAAAAAAAUCCAGGGAGGUGAAUUACGUGAGCGGCGUACAUAAGGUUUUUUUUUUUCCGGAGCAAAGCCUCCUGCUCUCUCUCAGAUGACAUCUGAUAUUUUUUUUGCAGAAGGGUAAUUAAAGAAGAGAAGGUGAUAUAUAAAAAAAAACACUAAAAAAAAGCUGGUUGGUGGUUUGGUUGGUUGUGUAUUUGUGCAGACGCAUGCUACGUUGACGUUUAGAAACACUCGGACUCUUCCUCAUCACACACACACACACAGAAGCAGGUCAGGGUGCUAUGAUGUCAGAGCCAGACACGCCCACUCCGUUAGAAUAGAACGCCACGGCACUGUGAAACCGUAAAGCCUUAAAGCUCAGGAACAAAUGGAGCAGAGAGACAUUAAAAUGCAGAAAGAGAGAGAGAGCGACUCGGAGCAAAGCACUAUGGGUAAUCAGACAAAGAGAGGGCCAUGGCUGGAUGGGGACUUAAGAAGGAAGACAGACAGACCCCACGCGGGGCAUCGGGGGUUAAGUUAUGGACUGACGAGACGAAGCGGUCCGGCGGGGGGGACCACAGCAGGCCUAUUGUCAGUGUGCGCAGCAAAAAUAGGGUUCUGGUCCCGCCGUCGGGUCGGCCAUGAGGAUCAGUGCGAGUCGACUCCUCCGGAUGUUUGACGGUGAUGUUUUUAAAAAUUGCGUGUGUGCUCCCCGAGUUUCUCAUUCUGUCCAUCGGCACAGACGCCACGGGAAGAAAAGAAAAAAAGAAAAGUUCCAUACCUCAACUUGGAAUAAAAAAGGAAAAGUAUAUUACUAAA